AUGCCGAGGCGAAAAUCAAAGCCUCGCGUUUCACCAGCCGCCUUCUUCCGCGUAACAAAACGCAACACCGGACAAGCCGAAACAGUUUGGGAGCAUUUGAGAAAUCUGAUGUCACGCGAACUGCACGAAGAAGUCAUUUUAAUGUACGAGGUGACGAAUCUCUGCGACGCUGACAGUCAUUUCAAUCUGCCAACAACUUUCGAAGACACCGAAACAUUUUUCGAAAUCGGCCGCGCAUAUUUUCUCACUCAUCGCUACGCACUCUGCGAUCAUAUUUACAAAACAAUGAUCGAAACUUUCCCGAUGCCGAAAUUUCCCGAAGAACAAACCACUGAAUCUGUAAGAUUUUCAUUUUCAGGAAAAAAUCAAUAUUUAGAGAGCGCAUUUCAGGAUUUCUGCGAGCACACUGUAAAAUACGCGCGACACGAAUGUUUGAUGAAAAUGAAAAAGCUUUAUGAUGCUUAUGGUAAGUUGGGUUUUUGGUUAAAAUUUGGAAUUUAGCCUUUUUCGGUUUGUGGAGCAAAAACUAGUAUAUUUAUGCAAAAUUUCCAGUUUUACUCAGAGAUUCGCUGGCCAGCUGGUCACUAGGUGGGGGCGACUGCCCAUCUGAAACUGACACGGACAACCACAUCGCCCGUAUUUUUUGCCAGACGACCCGGUGGCGAGGUGGUUCAGUUCAUGCAGACCACCUCGCCCAGGUUGUCCACCUCGAGCCGACCUCGCGUCCAGAUCGUCUCGCUUAAGAGAAAAAAGUCCAAAAAACUUGUGAAUCCGAGCAUUCUAGAAGAAAUUGGCUCAUUUUCUGUUUUUUCGGAGUACUAGAAACCUCAGGAAGUGAAAAAAACAGUAAAAAAUGCACUAUUUUGAGUACAAACCACCGUCUUGCUAGCUUUCCAGAAUUUCAAACACACAGGCCACGUGGCCGGAAAACUCAAGGCGACCUGGUGGCCGAAUCAAAUUCAGCUCGUUUUGAACUUUCCGGCCACCUGGUCCUGAUCUAGUGGCGAGCUGGCCAGCGAAUCUCUGAGUUAGACCGUUUUGGACGUUUAAAAAUCAAAAAAAGAUUCUCGGAGCCCAAGAAAAACUCAAAAAUGCACGAAAUCAGAGAUUAUUGGUUUUUCUCGCUAUGAAAAUUCUCGCCGAGCAAAAAACUCGAAUUUUUGAGCUUUUCUUGAGCUCGGGGAGCAAUUUUGUUAAUUUUAAAACUCAAAACUAGAAUUCAUGCGAAAAUGUUCGUUUUCAGUGAAUUUUUAGCAAAAAUAUGGCUUUGGAUCUUUAAAAAUCAAAAAACAAAAUGCUCCGUAAGCCCAAGAAAAGCUUUAAAAUGCUCUUCGAGUCGAAAAACAUCGAGAAAAACCCAAAAAUCAUCAUUAAUUGUGCAUUUUCGGGCUUGAGAGCUUUAUUUUCAAAUUUUCAGCAUGUUUGACAACAAUAGAAAAUCCAACAGUUCCUCUGAAACUCAAAGCAGCCUAUUUAUCAGUUGUAAAUGCGUCAGCAAAAAAACCACGUGAACGAAAAACUGUUUAUAAAUGGAAACCGGUGAAAUUUGAUGAGUAAGUUGAUAUAUCUUUCAAAAAACCAUAAUCUCCCUGUUAGAAAUCAAUUCAGAUCCAACAAUCCGUCGAAAAACUGCAAUUCAUCACUCGGAGCCGCUUCGCAAUUCGUCAGAAAUCAAAAAUCCGAAGUUCCUCGCGAUUUUUGCGAGAAAUUCGCGCAAAAAUUUGCUGGCAAUUCGGAGCGACACAACGUGGAAAUGUGGUUGAAAGCACAACAGGCGGCUGGAAAACGCGAUUUUUCGCGAGCCAUUUUAUAUUUGAAGCGAAUGACGCAUGCGAAUUCGCGAGUUCAGAGUGAAAUGGGAAAGUUUUAUUUCAAAUUGGGGAGAAAGGAUCAGGCGAGACGCGUUUUGCAAGCGGUUUUUGAGCGCAAUGUUCGAUGGGUUGAAGGAAUGGAUUUGUUGGCGUUUUUACUGUGGGAGGUUGGAUUUUUCUGGAAUUUCUGGAGCUUGGGCUGAAAAUUUGACGAAAAUUGAUCUAAUCAUAUCAAAUUCAGAACUUUUUCACCAUUUCUGUGUCAAAUUUUGAUCCAAAAAAAAUACGUUUCAAAAUUUUGAUAUAAUUUAUUGUCAAAUAUUUUUUCUUCAGUUCCUUUUUAUCGUCAAAACCGAAAUUAAAAAAAUGCUCAAAACGUGGAUGAAACUUCUGAAAUUAUCGAAUUUGGAGAAAAUCUCACGAAAAAAGUUAUGACGUGGUCAUUUUAUUUUUUAUUAUAUUAUUUUUUUUAUUAUAUAAUUUGGCUUCAUUUUCAAAAUUCGGUGUCUCCAGAAUUCCAAUUUUUCAAAAAAAAAAAAAAUUCAAUUUCGCCACGUCAUAAUCAGUAAAAUUUAUAACAAACUUGAAAAUCUACUAUUUAUUCUAUUUAGUUUUCAGCUCAAAUUCUCAUUUUCACCAUUUCUGAGUCAAAUUUUGAUCCAAAAAAAAUACGUUUCAAAAUUUUGAUAUAAUUUAUUGUCAAAUAUUUUUUCUUCAGUGUCGUUCCUUUUCAAAAUACUGGGUGAAAAUUUAUCGAUACCAAAAUUUCAAAAAAAAUCUUACGAAAAAUGGAAAAUGCUCAAAAUGACGUGGAUGAAUUUUCUGAAAUUAUCGAUUUUUCUAUUGAAAAUCUUGCAAAUGUUGAUAUUUCAUGACAAAUCUCUCGAAAAUUUUCGAUUUUUCUAAAAAAAAAAAUUCAAUUUUGCCACGUCAUAACCCUUUUUCUAGUCACAAAACCAUAAUACAAUUUUUUCCAGGACGAAAAUAAGUUUGGAAACCAGCUCGAACAUCUCUCACGAAAUCUUCUGGAUCUCUGGCCAGAUCGAGCCGAAACUUUUAUUGCAGCUGGAUAUAUGACGAUCAGUGAGUUGUUUCAAAAGAAAACUAAAUAAAUAGCUGAAAAUUUGUAGAUCUCGAUUGGUAUACAGCUUAUGAGCAUUCUGCGCGAGCUCUCGGGGCAGCUGAAGUCGCGACAGAGCAAAAUGCAAGAGCAAUUUUGCUGAGAGCUCAAUGUUUGAUUAAAAUGAGUGAGUUUUUUGGGCCUGGAGCUCUGAAAUUCAAAAAUAAAAUUUUGGAGCUCAAUUUCAAUUUCAGAGCGUGCCAACGAUGCGAUGCGACAACUUCAAGAGGGUGUUUCGCGCGACAAAAACAACGUGGAAUUGUUCAGAGAACUUUGCUUGCUCAUGUUAGAGCAUGAUGAGUGAGUUAGCUUAACUUUUACCCUGCGAACACGUGAUUCUGGUUUUUUUAAACAAAAUUUUUGGAUUCGGGAACAUUUUCUGAAUCUAAACUUUUUGUUUUAAAAAAAGUUGUUUUGAGAAUUUGUCUGAAACUUCGAAUUCCACGAAUUUUCAGACAAGUUCCCAAUAAUUCCAGUCAUCGAGAGGCGAAAAAUCAAGUGACAAAUCUGGUGCUGAACAAUCCCAACGAUUUGAACGCGAAAAUAUUGAAGGUGCAUGUUUUUAUCAGUGCAAAUAGUCGAACACGGGAAACACACAAUACAAAUACGGUGAGUCUUUUGAAUGAAAUUUUGUAUGGAAAUUUCAGAAUUUUAAUGAAAAGUUGCUGAAAAUUUGAUUUAUAAUUUUGAAAAAAUCAAAUCAUUGAAACGUGGCAUUUUCUGAAAAUUUGAAUUUUGUAAGAAAACCUGAAAUUAGAAUUUUUUGUGCCAAAAUUCAGAAUAAAUUCGAGAAUUUCUUGAAAAUUUGAUCAAUUUCGAGUAAAAUGAAAAAAAAACAAAAAAAAAAAACUUGAAGCCCAAAUUCGGAAUACCAAAUUUUCUUUCAAGAAUCUACCACGUGGCAUUUUCGGCCCCGAAAAUGUGGAUUUUUUCGGAAAUAUCUGGAAAAUUUAAAAAAUCAAGAAAGUUAACCUCAAAUUUUAUGAAAAAUCUUGAAUUUUCAGAAUACGGUGAGUCUUUUGACACCAAAAAAGUUUGAAUUUUCUAUGAAAAUCUGAAAAAUUUAUGAAUUUCUUGAAAAUUUUGGAUACUUUUUGACAAAGAUUUGAAUUUUCUAUCAAUGAAAUAUUGUAAUUGCCACGUGGCAUUUUUUUUGCUCUGAAAUUUGCAAAAUUCUAGAAUUUUUUGAAUUUUCACCUCAAUUUUUGGAGCUAAAAUUUACCUAGGGCCUAUCAGAGCCUGAUCGGAAUCGGAAUAUCGGAAUUCCGAAAUUCCGAAACCGACAGGUUUUUCGGAAUUAGACAAACGUGUCUCGGAAUCGGAAUCUAUUUUCUCGGAAUCGGAAUCAUUCCGAUGUUACUUCCGAAACUUUUUGGAAUUUCGGAAUGUGUUUCUCUUCCGAAAUUCGGAAUUUUUCUACCGAAUUUCGGCAUUUUUCGGAAUGUUUGAGCUGAAAUUAGUAAAAAAUUCAACAAAAAAAUGGAAAAAUUGAUAAAUUUUACCUGUCAUUUUCAAAAAAUCUCUUUUUAUCUUGUGAUUCUCAAAAAUGUAACUUUUGAGGACAAAUUUUAAAGUUUUAUAUCAUUCCGAAACAUUCCGAAAAAAUUCCGAAAUUCCGAGGUAAAAAUGUCGGAAAGGAGGUUCGGAAUUCGGAAUUACGAUCUGACCACUCGGAAUGAGUGUGCUCAUUCCGAACCUUCCGACAAGGUCCAUUCCGACCAGGCCUGGGGCCCUAUUCGGCCUAUUUUUACCUGGAAAAUCCCGAAAAUUUCAAUUUUUCCCCUCAAAAACCUGAUUUUUUCCUCAGGAUAUCAUUGGAAUGAUGGAAGAAAUAUUGCAAGAAUAUCCACAUUCUGUUGGAGAUGUCAUUGAAUUAUUAGACGAAUAUUACAAGUCGAAUUUGACGGAACCUUGUAAAAAUUUGAUGGAACUUAUUGAAAAAGUGAGUUUUCCCAGGGUUUCCUCCAUGAAAAAACCUGAUUUUCAUCAUGAAAUUUCAGCACAAAAAACGGAUUUUGCAUGAUAAAAUGCGAUUAUAUCACAAUUUACAAGCGGAAUACAAUUUGCGGUGUCAAAAACCGACGAAAAGCUAUAAACAUGCGAUUGCUGCGCAAAUUUUGGGAGAAGAUGUGAAUGGAGCAUAUGUGAGUGAUUUUUGAGCACUUUCAGAGGGAAAUUCAGAUUUUUCAUGAAAUUUGGGCCCUAAAGACAUCUCACAAGCCUAGAUUCUGAAAAGAACACAAUUUCCAUCAAAAAUUUUGAACAAAAACAACAUUUAACAAAAUCUGAAAGUAUUUUAUUUUGGCUAUCUGAAAAUUGUUGGAAUUUUCCUUCAAAAAUCUAGAAAUUAUCCGUUCCAUCAUCAAAUCAAAGAAUUGUUAAUAUGAGCAAUGGGUCAAUUUAUUGAUUUUUUUUGUUGAAAAUUUCAUGUUUUUAGCCAAACUCUUCAAAAUUCCCCCAUUUUUUGCAGAUGUCUCGAAUCGAACAAGAAUAUCGAAAUAAUUGUCAACAUCUUUUGGAUGAGCAAUUCUCGAUUUGUUCAACACCGCCCUCUUCUGCAAUCUCAUCACCAAAUCCAAAAUCGUCAAGAAAACGCGGAAAAAGUUCGACUUCGAGUUGUUUUGAGAAUACGCCGAGUUGCUCGUAUAAUUUGAGAAGUCGACAGUCGAGUAUUGGAACACCGUGAGUUGAAGGGGGAUUUUUUUCAGAGAAAAAUCUGGAAAUCCUGAGUUUUUGGGUGCAAAUCUGGCAAAAAGUAGAAGAAAUCUUGAAUUUUCCAUGAAAAAUUUAAAAUUUGAUUUUUUUUUAUUCAAAAAGUUGUGUUAAAACUUUUCAGAUCAUCUCAAAAAUCUGAUAUUUCUGUAAUUUUGAAUCUAUAUUCAUAAUUUUAUCAGAAAAAUCUGAAAAUUCCUAAUUUUCAUCUGAAACUGAAAAUUUGUUCUUAAAAUCUGGAAUUUUUUUGCAUGAAAGUAGUAGAAAUCGAGAAAUUUUGAUUUUUUCAUGAAACAUUUGAGAAAUUCUGUUUUUCUACUGAAAAAUCAAUUUUUUAAAUUUUGUUUCAAAAAAAAUUUAAAAAAUUUCUGAUUUUUAGAGAAAAUCCGAAAAAGUUCAAUUUAAAGUGAAUUUCCCAAACUUUUAUCAGAAAAAUCUGAAAAUUCCCAAUUUUUCAACUCAAACUGUAAUUUUGUUCUAAAACUCCAUGAAAAUCCAAUUUUCCAGAGUUCCCCCAAAUCUGAGCAAUGAAUCAAUUGAUCGCGAUCUCGAUCUCAACUUCUCAAUGACAACUUUGACCGCCAACAAUCUUCGAAACGAUUUUCAAAUAUUCUCGCCCGAUUUGGAAGAACGACAAAGUAGUAGUGGAGAAGAGGAGAUGAUGGAAACUGAGGAGAAUCAUCGUGUAGUUCACGAGGAGGAUCAGGAAAAUUACGAUGAUGAAGAAUCGGAAGAGGAAUUUGAAGUUGAAGGCGAGGAAAGUGAGGAGGAUGAGUGA